AUUCCUUCUAUCUUCCACCGCCAUCCAUAUCCUUUACUGUCUCUCUCUUCUUGAAGCAUUGAUUUUGCAGGCUAUUCCGCUCAUAUGUGAAUCCUUCGACUUGAAAGCGAGAGGCUCCAGGGUUAGAUGGGGAAUGGUAUUGGCUUCUAUCUUCUCCAAAGUCAAACCACCACCUCACCGAUUAUCUGUCUUCCCUGGGGUUUAUCUUAUGUUUUACUUCGAUUUCCACCGACUGUAGAUCGAUUUUACCUUUCAUGUUUCCGUCUUCAGCAGCUUCACAUACAUCGAUUGUUACACUCCACCAUUAUCGGCCACUGUCGGCGCCUUUUCCCGACGAUUUCCCGAUUUCCAUCCCCAACUUCCUCAAUCAUCGCAGACGAAGAAAAAUCGAGCGUCUCACUUUGCUCUUUCGUUACUGCCUUCGCUGCUGGACAAAAAUUGGAAUUGGCAACUCUGGAGAAGGAGACGACCGAUUGAUUCAGCUGGUCUCUUCGCUGCUGUUGCAACAGUUGCAGGAAGUGUUGCAGACUCUGUUUUAUUUGAAGGUCUAUGAGUUUGGAUUCCUUAGCCAUGAUCUUCAUGAUCUUGGGCACUCAAAACAGAUGGAAGUGCCAGCUGUCACUUUUGUAAUGCCCUUGAAAGGCUUCGGUGAACACAAUCUGAACAACUAGAGAAUACAGGUGUUACUUUGAACUUUAAAGCUGGAGAUAUAUAUAUAUAUAUAUAUAUAUAUAUAUAUAUAUAUAUAUAUUUUAUUCUAAUUUUUAUUAGUACGUAUGAUGAUUGAUAAUAUAUGGAUAAUUAUGAUGGCCCCUUGGAGUUCCUAUUUGUUGUGGAUAACAUUGAAGAUCCAGCUUAUCAUGUUGU